AUGGCAAGUGUGGUGGUGAAGACUAUCUGGCAAUCCAAAGAAAUCCAUGAGGCGGGGGACCCACCUGCGGGGGUCGAGAGCUGCGCCCAGCUGGUCCCCGAGGCUCCAGGGGGAGUGACCAGCCCUACCAAGGGGAUCACGAAGAAAAAGAAGGCCGUGUCCUUCCAUGGGGUGGAGCCCCGGAUGUCCCACUGGUGCCUGAACCUCAAGCGGUCCUCAGCCUGCACCAACGUGUCCUUGCUCAACCUGACUGCUAUGGAGCCCGACUCGUCAGGCACAGACUCUACCACAGAGGACAGUGGUCCACUGGCUCUGCCAGGGCCACCUGCUUCCCCUACAACACCCUGGGCUCCCGAGGACCCUGACAUCACAGAACUUCUGAGUGGGGUCAACAGUGGAUUGGUGCGUGCCAAAGACUCCAUCACCAGCUUAAAGGAAAAGACUACAAGGGUUAAUCAGCACAUUCAGACUCUGCAGAGCGAGUGCUCUGUGCUCAGUGAGAAUCUGGAGCGGCGGCGGCAGGAGGCAGAAGAGUUGGAGGGUUACUGCAGUCAGUUGAAGGGCCCCCGCCCUGAUGUCCUGACCCAGGAGAACUGCCGCAAGGUGACCCGCUCAGUGGAAGACGCUGAAAUCAAAACCAACGUCCUGAAGCAGAACUCUGCCUUGCUGGAGGAGAAGCUAAGGUACCUCCAGCAGCAACUGCAGGAUGAGACGCCACGGAGGCAAGAAGCCGAGCUGCAGGAGUUGGAGCAAAAGCUGGAGGCCGGCAUCUCCCGGCGUGGCCUGAGCUCUGCCACUCCAAGUCAGGGGUGCUCCGGCCCGCCCGGCAGCCCCGAGGAGCCCCCGCGGCCGCGAGGCCUGACCUCUAGUACCUGGGGCAUGGCACUCCGGGCAGCGGAGGGACAUUCGCUGACAGAGCAGCAGUUGCGGAAGGUGUCCACCGGCCUGGAGGAGCUGAGGAGGGAGGUGUCCUCACUGGCAGCCCGGUGGCAUCAGGAGGAGGGGGCAGUGCAGGAAGCCCUGCGGUUGCUGGGUGGCCUAGGUGGCCGGCUGGAUGGCUUUCUGGGCCAGUGGGAACGCGCACAGCGGGAGCAGGCACAGUCUGCGCGGGACUUGCAGGAGCUGCGAGGACGGGCAGAUGAGCUGUGCACCAUGGUGGAGAGAUCAGCCGCGUCUAUGGCUUCACUCAGGAGCGAACUAGAGGUUCUGGGACCAGUGAAGCCGAUUCUGGAGGAGCUGGGGCGGCAACUUCAGAACUCCCGGAGGGGAGCUGACCAUGUCUUGAACUUGGAUCGGUCUACCCAAGGCCUCUGUGCCCGCUGUGCCAGCCAGGGGCAGCAGUUGUCCACAGAGUCCCUGCGGCAGCUUCUGGAACGUGCGCUGGCCCCGCUUGUGGAUGAGGUGAAGCAAAAAGGCCUGGUUCCUGCCUGCCCCAGCUGCCAGAGGCUACACAAGAAGAUUCUGGAGCUGGAGCACCAGGCCUUGGCCAAACAAGUCAGGGCAGAGGCCCUGAGCUUCACCCUUCGGCUGGCCCAAGACGAAGCCGUUCGGGCCAAGAACCUACUGCUGACGGACAAGAUGAAGCCGGAGGAGAAGGUGGCCACUUUGGAUUAUAUGCAUUUGAAGAUGUGCUCUCUCCACGACCAGCUCAACCACCUGCCACUUGAGGGGUCCACGGAGGCAGUGGGGGGAGGAAGCACUGGAGGGGCUCCCCCUAAACAUGGGGGCCCAGCCUCUGAACAAUAAAUGGCUUCUCACACUGGCAUGAAUCCUGACUCUUGAGUUGGCACUGAAAAGUAGUCAUCAGGUGUGACUGCUGAGUCAGGACCGCCAUGGGAUCUGGGACAGCCUAGUUACACAGUAACAUCUUUUCUCAAAAACAAAACGGAAGGGAUACAGCUGGAAACAAAGAGCACUUGCUGAGCUGGCUUGAAGUUCUGAGGUCAUCCGGACCAACCAGGUUCAGGAGCGCACCUGUCAACCCUAGACUAGUCUACACAGGAAAUGCCAAGACAGCCUGAGAACAGAGCAGGGCUGGAGAGGAGGCUCAGUGCCUAAGAGCAGUUACUGCUCUUGCAAAGAACCAGAGUUCAAGUCCAGGCUCCCAUCUGGUGGCUCACAACCAUCAGAAACUCCAGUUCCAGGGAACCUGGCACCCUCUGCUGGCCUCUGCUGGCACUUCCUGUACACAGUGCACGCAACACACACACACACUGAUGAUACGGAUAAAACUUGUAAAACUUUUAAAAAGAGAGGGGUGGUGGCACAUGCCUUUAAUCCCAGCACAGCCAAGGCUACACGGAGAAACCCUGUCUCAAAAAAAACAAGAAUGAGAGAGAGAGAGAGAGAGAGAGAGAGAGAGAGAGAGAGAGGGAGAGGAGAGGAGAGGAGAGGAAAGGAGAGGGGAGAGGAGAGGAGAGGAGAGGAGAGGAGAGGAGAGGAGAGGAGAGGAGAGGAGAGGAGAGGAGAGGAGAGGAGAGGAGAGAGAAGAGGAGACGGAGGCAAUCACCCUGGCAGAGAGCCCUGGACUUUUGCUGGUCCUCAGUCUCUCAGGUCCCAGGACAGCCCAGCCCUUCAAUCCAUUUUGCAAAUGAGGUUAAUAAAAUGGAGGCAUUUGGUUAAGAGUAAAGUCCUGGGACUGGAGAGGUUAAGAGCAUUGGCUGCUCUUCCAGAGGUUCUGAGUUCAAUUCCCAGCAACCACAUGGUGGCUCACAACCAUCUGUAAUGAGAUCUGGUGCCCUCUUCUGGUCUGCAGAGACACAUGCAGACAGAACACUAUAUUCAUAAUAAAUAAAAUAAAUCUUUAAAAAAAAAACCCUGUUACUGGCUUUGUUUUGCUUUGUUUUGAGACAGGGUUUCCCUAUGUAACUCACCUCAAACUCACAGAGAUCCCCUUGCCUCUGCUACCUGAACGCUGGGACUAAAGGUGUGACAUCCUCCCCCGUAUGAGACUGGGCCUUGCUAUGUAGCUCAGACUAGCCCACCUCUGACUUAUUUUCAAUAGGGGGACACAGUGACACACACACCUGCCACACCCCGCCUCUGGGAGGCAGACACAGGAAGAUCAAGAGUUCGUGAUCACCCUGUUACCCCGGAAGCUCCAGAGCAGCCUGCCUGGACUCCGAUGCCAUCGCAAUCCUUCCUCCCACAGGAAAGAAGUGCGGCUCAGAUCUCAGUCUGGAGACUGAGUUUUUGUCCUGGGGGGCAGCAGUAGGUUCAGAGUGAGAAGAGCUGAU